UGAAUAUCGGAACGCACCCAGUAUAUACUGUGCUUAGUCUAUGACAAUUGGCAUUCAUUGUGAAGAGGUUAGAAAGAACAUUGUGAAAAUUUUAAUAUAGCGGCAUAUAUGCAUAUAUAUUUAUAUAUGUAUACAAAACGCUGAAGAACACAUGUGAAAAGUUUCGUGUUACAUUUGCUUGAAUAAAAGUUUCUUGAUAGUAAAAAUGUAUGCUUUAACUCACAAAACAGAAAAUGCUCAUGAGGAUAGUAUAUGGACUUGCGGAUGGGGUUGUCCAAAGAGAAAGAAAGAUGCUCAUCCAGAUAAUGAAGAUUCUCGGGAUUCUAUACGAUCCAAUGAAGACGAGACAGCAGAAUAUCUAGUAACAGCUUCCGUGGAUGAUUCUGUGAAAGUAUGGGAACUGAGGGAUGGUGUUUUGAAGUUGAAACAUAAAUUAACUGGAUAUUCAUUGGGAGUUGUGUCUAUAGCUAUUAGUUCAGAUGGAUCAAAAUGCGCCUCCAGUUCACUUGAUUCGAGUCUGAAAUUAUGGGACCUGCACUCUGGUGAUAAGCUAUUGAACGUUGAAGUUGGUCCAGUAGACAUUUGGACGUUAGUCUUUUCUCCUGACGACAAAUUCAUUGUAUCUGGUAGUCAUGCUGGUAAGAUACAUUUAUACGGGACUGAUAAUGGUAAACAGGAACAGACGUUAGAUACAAGAGGUGGAAAAUUUACGUUAAGCGUCGCUUAUAGUCCCGACGGUAAAUAUAUUGCAAGCGGCGCAAUAGAUGGUAUUAUUAAUAUUUUUGAUGUUGCCUAUGGAAAAGUAUUGCGUACACUGGAAGGUCACGCGAUGCCCAUCAGGUCUUUAUGUUUCUCACCCGACUCCCAGUUGCUUCUUACAGCAUCCGACGAUGGACACAUGAAACUAUACGAUGUCAAAGAUGCAAAUCUAGCAGGAACAAUGUCCGGCCACGCUUCGUGGGUACUCGGCGUAGCUUUCUCACCAGAUGGACAACAAUUUGCAUCAAGUAGUUCUGAUCAUACAGUCAAGAUCUGGGAAUUAGCACAAAGACAGUGUCUGCAUACAUUUCGUGAACAUAAAGAUCAGGUCUGGUCAGUCAAGUAUAAUCCACAGCGAAAUAACAUAAUUGCGUCAGUAUCUGAGGAUAAAUCUAUUAAUUUAUACGAAUGUCCGAUAUAUGACAAGUAAUUACACCAAGGAUCAAUAAAUUUUUUUAUCUGCUA